UGCAAACUUUUUAUGUCUUUGUAUUGUCAUCCAACCAAAAAAAAAAAAAACCAAACACACUACAAUUUGUCUAAACUUUCACUAUAAGUACAGGGCAAAGUUCUCUCUACAUUCAGUGUUCCAAUCUACACUGAAGACACUCGUUACAAUUUUAUCUCCAACACUGUACCAUGUUUUUUAAACACCCGCGAAGGUACUACUUUUUCUUCGAAGGUACUUUUUUGAACUGAAGAAGCAAGUGAUACAGAGAGAUGUGGAUGAAAAGCAAUCAUUCCACUGAGACAAGUGAACACUCGAAUCUACAGAGAGAUGUGGAUGAAAAGCAAUCAUUCCACUGAGACAAGUGAACACUCGAAUUGAUGAUGGAGUUCCCAUUCAUCUCCUUCCCAUUUCUUUUCACAUUCCUACUGUUUCUGUUCAUGGUAUUCAAAACCAAGUUCAGUUCAUCUCCAAAACUGCCUCCUGGACCAUGGAAGUUACCUCUAAUAGGAAACAUCCACCAAUUUGUUGGAACUCUACCCCAUCACCGCCUAAGAGAUUUGGCCACGAAACACGGACCUCUGAUGCACCUGCAACUUGGACAACUUUCAAUCGUUGUCAUUUCUUCAGCAGAAAUUGCAAAAGAGGUGAUGAAAACACAUGAUAUCAUCUUUGCUAGCAGGCCUUUUAAUCUUGCUGUAAGUAUCAUAUCUGAGAAAGACAUUGUCCUUGCACCUUAUGGGGAUUACUGGAGACAACUUCGAAAAAUUUGCAUACUGGAGCUUUUAAGUUUUAAACGCGUCCAAUCAUUCCGACCCAUCAGGGAAGAAGAGACUUUGAAUUUGAUCAAAUCUAUUUCGACAAAUACAGGAUCCCUCAUCAAUCUCAGUGAAAAGAUUUUCUCGUUGACAUACAGUGUCACUGCAAAGGCAGCCAUUGGUAAGAAAUAUCAUGGCCAAAAAGAAUUCAUAUCACUUAUCAGGCAAGCCACAGUUGUAGCAGGAAGUUUCAAGUUCGCUGAUCUCUUUCCUUCAAUUAAAGUGCUUCCUUUGAUAAAUGGGCUGAGACAUAGACUUGAGAAGCUUCAUCAAAACCUUGAUAGGGCAUUAACCAACAUCAUUGAUGACCAUAAAGUUAGCAAGGUGGCAACACAGAUCGGUGAUGGUGAAGCUGUUCAUGAAGACCUGGUUGAUAUUCUUCUAAAACUUCAGGAGAAGGGUAACCUUGAGAUCCCCUUAACUACGUCAAUCAUCAAGUCAGUUCUCUUGGACAUGUUUGCUGGCGGGAUUGAAACAUCAUCUACAACUUUAAUUUGGGCAAUGUCAGAAAUGUUGAAAAAUUCAAGAAUUAUCGAAAAGGCACAAGCUGAGGUAAGACAUGUUUCAUGCAAAAAAGAAAAUAUUCUUACUGAAGAUGACAUCCAUGAAUUGAGUUACUUAAAGUUAGUUAUCAAAGAAACUCUCAGAGUACACCCUCCUCUCCCUUUAUUAAUUCCAAGAGAGAGUAGAGAGAGAUGUGAAAUCAACGGAUAUGAAAUACCUGCGAAAACUCAAAUCCUUGUCAAUGUAUGGGCAAUUGGUAGGGAUCCUAAAAAUUGGAGUGAUCCAGAGAGAUUUCAUCCAGAGAGAUUCCUUGACACUUCAAUUGAUUACAAGGGGACUCAUUUUCAAUUUACACCAUUUGGUGCUGGAAGGAGAAUAUGUCCUGGCAUAUCAUUCGCGCUAGCUAAUGUUGAGCUUGCACUUGCUAAUUUAUUGUAUCACUUUGACUGGAAACUUGGAGAGAAGCAAGGAGAUCUAGACAUGACUGAGGCCUUUGGUGCAGCAGUUAGCAAGAAAAGAGAUCUGUGUGUGAUUCCUAUUGCCUACCAUCUUUCAGCUAGUGAAUAAGAUGUUAAGACAGGAAAACAUUAUUGAAUUUUCAGUUUUAGUGUGAGCUUGUAAGGUUAAUUAAGUUUUAUGUAUAUUAAUAAUGUAAUAGUAUGUUAGAAUAUGUAUAACUGUAUUGUAGAAAGGUAAAAUAAAAACAAAUAUUAUGUGUGCUUUCAUAGAAAAUUGAAAAAAGAGUACACUUCACUUA